AUGACCUCUAGUCAGAAACGUGGCGGAUUUGCCGAUUCGCUGAAGGUGCUGUUCUACGCGUCCUCUUUCCUGGGGCUGUUGCCGUUUUCGUUGCGGGAAUUCUACUCCAAACAUGUGCUCAAGAUUUCCGUUAUCGCAAACGUGUGGGUGGUUGUCAAUUUGGUGUUCUACACCACCACCUACCAUCUGGCAACGGAUGUCUACAGCGAUACCGACCGCAACAGUCAAGGAACUCUGACCAGCGCCAUUGGCCUGUUCAUCAUCUACAUGGAGCCGCUAAUGAUGAUCACAGAUAUGAUAGCCUCGAUGGUGAACCAAAAGCGACUGAUCGAUUGUGUCAGCAGGUUGGACAAAGUCGAUAACAAACUGGCCGGUGAAAACAUAACGAUUCGGAACAAUCGGAUCCAGAAGAACAUUCUGAUCCUGAUUGGGCUAGUGUUGCUAUUUGAGUCGAUGCUGACCACCUACAAUUUUGUGGUGUUUUCCGAAGUCUACACCGCGUGGUCUUUGAUCUGGUUCCUUACGGCUUUCCCCACGGGGAUAAAUUCGUUGAGUCGAAUCUGGUUCGUAUCCUUGGUGGUUGCAGUACGACACCGUUUUUUCGCCAUGAACAACCACAUGGACGAGCUGGCUGGCCUUCUAGAGGAACACAAUGAUCGCUGGGAGGACGAGUUGGAAAUUGAGCGAAACGAGAUACCGAUGAAUUAUUUGGAAAGGGAAAUUUUCACUAUUAGAAGUCAUCGAAAGGCAUUCGUUCAGCCGGCUUUGCAGGGUAAUAGGAAAAUCGGGGACAUCCAAACGAAGGUGAUCGAUGUGAAACCGUUCGAGAAAAAAGUUCAGGAUGAAAAACAACUGGCUCAAAAGCGAUCGGUUUUCGGGUUUCUCUCUUUUGAAAAGCAUAUGAAAAUAGACGAAAAAUUGGACAAGAAGAUGAUCCUGAUUUGCCGCAUGCAUGACGAGCUUUGUGAGAUAGGAAAAUCCAUCAACCAUAUGUAUAGCUUUCAGAUGUUGGUAUCGAUGGCGCAUGGGUUUAUGGCCAUCACAGCUCAAUUUUAUUUCCUCUACUGUGCCCUUUCCGGUCAGGAAGUGCCUGUUCUGUUCCGAUCGGCUCAAGUGGUGCAGAUUUCGGUGGUGCAAAUAUUUUACGUAGCAUUCAAGUGCGUCAUCUGCAUUUACGUUUGCUGGAAGACUAAGACGGAAUCGAAACGUACCGGCGUUUACAUGCAUCACCUGGCCAACAUGGUAGACGAAACACAUUUCUAUCAGAUCGUAAACCACCUGUCGUUGAAGUUACUGAACCAUCAACUGAAUUUUAGCGCCUGCGGAUUCUUCGAUCUGGACAUGACCACUCUCUAUGCGAUCACGGGUGCCAUCACCAGUUAUCUGAUUAUUCUGAUUCAAUUCAACCUUGCCGCCAUGCAAAAGACAGGCACCAAUGUAACGGAUACCGGAAAUAAUGGUACAGGGAACGCAACGUUGGAUGCAUUAAAUGUGACUCUGACCACGGUUAGCACUGCCCUGAGCACCUAUGUGACCAAUCCGUAAAGAAUUUCCACAGGGGUGAAGAUUUUUUACUCUUGUGUUGUUAAAUUUUAAUAAACUUGCAUGUGUUGGUGUAUAAGUGUAGUGGGAAGAGUUUCAAAUGUGGUGUAAUAUGUGAAAAUUUGAUUUUGAAAUUAUGGCUGCCAUGAGAAGGUGUUACAACUUGAAAAGAA